AUGAGGAGUAUAACGAGGUCUUUCUUAGCCAAUUCAAAAGAAAACUUGAAAGAUAAUGUGCACAAGAUCGUCUCCAUUUUGAAUGACUUAACAGAACAGAGAUUAAUAGUUCAAGGGACUAUUUUUCACGGGCAUUUGAUAAAAGGAGGCAUUUCAUCUCAGAAGCACAUUGCAGUUAAGUUGCUUAUUAUGUAUCUUAAAUCCCGGAAAAAAAAUGAAAUUAAUCAUAUGUUAAAGGAGUUUGAUGGGUUCAACGUAGUUGUGCAUAAUUGUCUUAUUACUGCAAAUCUUGAAUGGGGAAAGUUGGACGAAGCUCGUCGAGUGUUUGAUGAAAUGCCUGAGAGAAACGAAGUUUCUUGGACAGCUAUAGUUUCGGGGUUGUUGAGGUAUGGAAGAGUCGGAGAUGCAAUUGCGUACUUCGAGAGGAACCCAUUUCGGAGUUUGUUUUCGUGGACAGCAGUUAUCAGUGGGCUUGUUCAAAAUGGGCUAAGUUUUAAAGCAAUGAAGGUGUUUCUGGAGAUGGUUCAACAUGGAGUUAUGCCUAAUGCUGUCACGUAUACUUCCGUUAUUAGAGCGUGUGGAGAAUUGGGUGAUUUUAAUUUGGGAAUGUGUGUAUUGGGUUUGAUUGUUAAGGUUGGUUUUGAACGUAACUUGUCAGUUUCGAAUUCUUUGAUCACGUUUAACUUGAGGCUGAAUGAUACUGUUUCAGCUAGGACAAUAUUUGAUAGAAUGCAGAGUAAAGAUGUCGUUUCUUGGACAGCAAUUCUAGAUAUGUAUGUUCAGAUGGGAGAAUUGGCAGAAGCUCGUCGUGUCUUUGAUGAGAUGCCAGAAAGAAACGAAAUUUCUUGGAGUACAAUGAUCUCGAGGUACAGUCAGAGUGGUGAUGCAGAAGAGGCAGUGAAUCUCUUCAUUCGAAUGGUCCAGCAGGGGUUUAAACCUAAUAAGUCAUGUUUUGCUAGCGUAGUAAGUGCACUAGCCAGCCUGGAAGCUUCGGUAAUGGGAAGGAUUGUUCAUGGACAUAUAUUAAAAAUCGGGAUGGAGAGAGAUGCUUUCAUUGGCAGCUCACUUGUUGACAUGUACUGCAAAUGUCGAAGCAUCAAGGAGGGACGUGUAGCUUUCGACUCGAUCUUGGAGAAAAAUGUUGUUUGUUGGAAUUCAAUGGUCAGUGGUUAUAGUCUCAAUAACCAGCACGAAGAAGCUAAGGAGCUAUUUGGCAUUAUACCCCAAAAAGAUAGCAUUUCAUGGAAUUCGCUAAUAACAGGUUAUUUAGAGUACGAGAAAUUUGAUGAGGUUUUUGAAGUUUUCGAUGACAUGCUUCUGUCUGGAGAGCGACCAAGUAAAUCGACUUUCUCUAGUGUUUUAUGUGCUUGUGCGAGCUUAGCUUCGCUACAAAGGGGGAAGAACUCCCAUGGUAAGGCCAUUAAACUUGGUUUUCACUGUGACAUUUUUGUGGACACUGCCCUUCUAGAUAUGUAUGCUAAAUCUGGUGAUGUUGAAAGUGCUAAGAAAAUCUUCCAAAGGAUGCCCAAACGUAACGAGAUUUCCUGGACAGCUAUAAUUCAGGGGCUUGCAGAAAACGGCUUUGCAGAGGAAGCACUUGCUGUAUUUGAUGAAUUUGAACGAACAAUGUCCAUUGCACGUAAUGAGCUACUUAUAUUAGCCGUUUUAUUUGCUUGUUCCCACUGUGGUCUAGUAGAUAAAGGACUCCACUACUUCAAUUCAAUGGAAAAGGUCUAUAAUAUACAGCCGAAUGAUAGGCACUAUACCUGUGUAGUGGACAUGCUGUCUCGUUCUGGACGUCUUUCUGAAGCAGAGAAAUUCAUUUUGGACAUGCCCUGUGAACCAGAAAUUCAAGCCUGGGCAGCUCUCUUAAGUGGUUGCAAAACAUACAGAAAUGAGAGGAUGGCAGAAAGGGUGGCGGAAAAGAUCUCAGAGCUGGCUGAAAAGCAUCCUGAAGGAUAUUUGUUGCUGUCAAACGUUUAUGCUUCAGCUGGCAGAUGGUUAGAUGUCUUACACAUGAGAAAACAAAUGAAGGAAAAAGGACUGAAGAAAAGCGGGGGAUGUAGUUGGAUAGAAGUGCGGAACCAACCCCAUUUCUUUUAUUCCCAGGAUGGUUCUCACAACGAGUUCAUGGAAAUUUACGGAGUUUUGGAACUAGUGAGGUCAGAAAUGCUGCUCACAUAG